AUGAGUUUACGAUUCAUCCAGGACGAACAACAACUAGUGCAUAAACGACAAUUAGAUACUCUUAUAGUUAUAUUUGAACAUUUAUCCUCUCAAGAGACAACUAGUUGUAUAUCAUUCGAAACAUAUUCGCGUUUAAUGCGUGCUGUAAAACCGGAAAUAGGAGAAAAUCUCAUUGAAGCUUAUUGGACAACGCUAGACGUACCUAAUAAAGAACAUGGAUUAAAUUUAAAACAAUUCAAUGAACUUUUAUUAAAUCUAAAUUUUGAAUUAGUACAACGAAAUACUGAUAAAACAAUACUACAAAAAUAUUUACCAUCAAUUUAUAAUUCAAAACCAAGUCGAAUUAUUAUUGAUUUUGUUAAUUCAGAUCUUUUUCGAGCCAUAAUUAAUUUAUUAAUUGUUGGUAAUGCUGUAUCUUUAGCAGCAAGUUACAAUGCGUUAGAAUGGAUGUUCCUAUCUCUAUUUAUUCUUGAAGCUGUAUUAAAAAUGUAUGCCAUUGGUGUAAAGGAGUAUUUUCAACAUCGAUGGAAUAUAUUUGAUUUUGCAAUUGUCUUUGUAUCAACAACUUACAGUUUACUCGCGGCUAUUAUCGACAGUUUAAGUCUUAAUCGAGAGGUGCUUGAUGCGAUUUUAGUUAUUCGAGUACUUCGUCUUGUGAAACUAAUUGGAAAUGUUGAACGGUUCAAAGUUAUUUUUGGAACAUUUUCAAAAGUUAUACCGACAUUAAUUACUUAUCUUCGAGUGAUGUUUAUGACUUAUUAUGUAUUUGCAAUGAUUGGAAUGGAAACAUUUCAAGGAAAAAUAGUUCAAUUGAAACAAAACGAUACAUUAGCUGAAGUUUGUAAUGAUACUCGACUCAAUGGUACAGAAUUUGCAAGAGCUCAAUAUUGUCGAAAUAAUUUUAAUGAUUAUCUAUCAUCGUUGAUUCUUCUUUUCGAAUUGACUGUAGUCAAUCAAUGGCAUGUUUUGGCGGGUGGUUUUGUUACUGUAACCAGUAAAGUUUCACGUCUUUUCUUUCUCGCCUUUCAUUUAUGUGCUGUUAUUGUGGUGCUCAAUAUCUUUACAGCCUUUGUAAUUGAUUCAUUUCUUAAUCAAUAUACAUUAUCGAAGAGUAAAGAAUUUCCGUGGAUUCAACAAGAGAAUAUUAUUUCUGGGAGACUCAAACGAAAAGGUUAUCGAGUUAUUCGAAGAUAUGACAAUGCAGAACACUCUGAAGAAGUGACGAGGGGAAAGUUUAGUUUUCUCAAAGCACUUCAAGCAUUCAUAAGACCGUCUGUUUAUCGUCGUAUGACAGUGGUUCUUGAAACUAUGCGGGAUGAAGAACGUACUUUACUUCUUCGUUGGUCUGGCCAUGUAGAUACUGAUCCUACGGCUUUGCUAAAUCUGACGAAUGAGGCAUCUUAA